GUUAAAAUGUUGGGCGAUGACGAUAUAUACGGCGACUUGGACGACUUCCAAAAUGCCGAGGAAAAGAAAUCAAAGGAACUGCAGGCCUGGGAGAACAAAUGCAAAAGCGCACAGGCCGAAAUCGAGUGCCUUAAGGUGGAAAAUAAGGCGCUCAACAAGAAGAUCAAAGCUAUGGAGGUCAAUCUACAGAACCUCAUGGACACUGCUAAAUCGGAAAUAAAAAGGAAGGAGUCUAUGAUUACGCAGCUGCGCAAGGAGAAAGACGACAUAUGCUUCAGGCGGAAGCGCGGGCGAACUGAUGAGGAUCCCAAGGAUACAGGUCACGAGUACAAACGAUCCAAGCUGUCGGAGCCCGUGAGCAACAAGUUUAAAACUGUGGUCGGCAAUGAUUCCAAGAAUACAGACCACGAGAAUCAACGACCCAGGCUGACAGAGCCCGUGACCAACAGAUUCAAAACUGUGGUCGGCACUGAGUCAAAGAAUACAGACCACAAAAGACCGAAACAACUGGUAGAACCUGUGGCCAACAAAUUGAAGACUGAUUCCAAGGAUCCAAAGAGGCAUAAGCUGGAGGACUCUGUGUACAAACUGGCGGACACUGUGACCAACAAAUUCAAAAAGGAGCACAACAAAAUUGAUCAUAUUCAUCACCAAAAGAGCUUUACAGGUGGAGAGUCCAAGUCGCAUGACAACAAGGAUAGCAAACGUAAAUUUCGCAGCAGAUCUCCCAAGGAGGAACACCACAGGAGCUCUGACACCCGAUUAAAAGAACAUGAGCGACGCCGCAGUCGCAGUCGUAGCGCCAAACGCUCCCACAGACAUGAGCACCAUGGGAGCCGCCACAGCAAGGAUCGCUCAGGCAAACGCCGAAGUGUUUCGCGCUCCCCUAACCGCACAGCAUCCACAAAGCCCAGUGCUCGGCAGCCAGAUAACGAUCGCUCCAAAACAACACAGAAAGAUGCCACAGUGACGACCCUCUUCGGCGAGGAGACAAACGACCAAGUUCUAGCCAGUCCCAACUAUGAAAUGAUUAAGAAAAUGCAAGCCAAUAUGUCCCCAGCGACGCCAGUAAAGCUUUACACACCAGAAAACAAAUUGCAGGCAAUCGCCGAGGACAAGCCCGCCAAAAAUGCAGACAUAACUGUCGCUGUUGUUGAAGGGUACUUCCAGGUGAAUCCUCUAGCCAUCUCUGGCUGCAGUCUGCCAUUGUCACAAGUUGCACAAGAGACCGUGGAGAAAGUUGGUCCAACAGCUGGAGUGUUUUCGUGGGCCAGCAGUUUCGAUAAGCUGCAAAUACCCGGACUAGAUAUGAUUUGCGAGCAGCAUUCUCCUAUAAAGAAUGAAAUAAAGUUGACAGAGGAACAGCCUGAAGAUUUGGAUACUCCCAAAAUAGAUUCAAUAGACGAUUGUAUCGUUGAUCAUACGGAGGAAGUGAUUACUCGUCCAAUAAAGGACUGUAAGCCGGCAAAGGCGAUAGAGGAAAUGGAGAAGACGAAUGAAAAUCAACACAAUGCAGCAGUUCCCGACAAAAACCAAGAGAGUCGCCUGGAAGCGGAAUCCAUACCAGAAGCUCCAGGCCAAGACGAAGAGAGUCCAAUGGACAUCGAAACACUUGGCAUCAAUUCUACACCCAAAACGGAAUUAAUCUGCGAAUCUCACAGCAAGGACGGAGAUAAUUCAAUGGAUAUCGCAACCUCUAGCAUAAAUCUUACACCCGAAUCGGAAGAAAAGGAAAACACUCUCAGUACUAUGUCAGUGCCACCAAGUGCUGAAGUAAUGGGAGAUGCCGUUGAAGAAGCAACAGGAGAAGUGACUCACAAUCCGCCAGCACUGGAAGACUUUAAGACCCCGACCAAAUGUACGGAUGCGAUUUUAGGUGAUGAUUGUCCCACCCCAAUACGUCCCAGUGAGAUUACUGCGGAUCAAUCAUUAGAAGAUAUUAAAACCCCGACAAAAUGUACAGCCAUGAAUGCGCCUUUAGGUGAUGAUUGCCCCAUUCAGGUUACCGAAGCAAUCGAAAUAAUUGAGGUUAUACGAUUGCCAGUGAUAGUGGAUAUUGAGCAUAUUGCGUUAACCGUCGAUGUUCCAUACGAUUCAUCAGAAAUGAAUACAGAUGUCAGCUCAAAGUCGCCAGAUUUAGAUAUCGUUGAUAGUAAGAUAGAAAACGACGAGAUUCCCAAGAAGGAAAGACGUGCAUCGGUUAAGAUUGUUAAAGAUAUGGAGAUUGAGAAUGAAACUGUUAUACAUGAGAUGACGGCUGGCGGAUUACAGGACGACUGUCCUCAAAUUGAGACUACUGUAAUAGCAGAUCCUGAAUCAGAGAAAGAUAUCCCUGAAACUGAGAUUUCUGUGAAUGCAACUGUUGUAAUUGAGACUCCUGUAAAUGCAACUCCUGCAAUUGAGACGCGUAUAAAUACAGCACUUUUACCUGAAACUCCUGCGAUUGAGACAAAUGUAAGUUCAACUCUCGGAUCAGAAAAUGCUACUCCUGAAGUUGAGGCACCUGUGAUUGAGACGACAGUUACUAAGACAGAGAAUGAGACUCCAGCCAUUGAGGAGCCUCCUGUGACUGAGACUCCUGUUAAGGAAACUCUCGUUGCUGAUUUUCCUAUCAUUAAGACUCCUGUAGCUGUAGUUUAUGAAACCAACAAUGAGACUCCUGUUGUGGAGACUUCUGCUAUGGAGACCCCUGAUGCUCCUGUAUCUGUACUUUACGAACCAAAGAAUGAAUCUCCUGUAAUUGGAACAGCUGCAGUUCAAUCGACUGGGAUUGAGAUUCCUAUACUACCACCUCACGGAUCUAUACACGAUUCUCUUAUUGUGGCAGCCACUUCCAAGCCUUCCAACAUUUUGUAUGCUCAGCCAGAUUCAACAAAGACCGAUAACAGUGAGGAUAUGGUUCUGGAGGCGGCCAUGAAUGAGUUGACCGGAGAGCAGGAGCCAGUGCCGAGUGCCCACAAUACGAGCUAUCCGAACCUCACACUCGCAGAGGACACCAUUGAAAUGGCAUUACAGCAAUUGCAUCAGACAUCGCCGGACGAGACAAAAGUCACUUCAACCUCCAACAAAGCCCAAAAGUCGCCCCAAAAGGAUUUGCUUCAAAUGCUUACCGAGUCUCCCCUUCAGUUAAGUCCAGCCAGGUCCCCGACUAAGGGCAUAAAAACCACGCCAAUGAAGACACCAGAUAAACUGAGAGUCGAGAAGACUCCGCUCAAAAAACGCAAAAUCCACUUGCUCGAGGAUAUGCAGACAGACGAAGUAGUUGUUCCGCAGACACCACCACCGUCCCAGCCGCCGGUUGCACUCGGAAACGAGGCAUCUAUGACCCUCCAAAAUGUGACCAUUGAUGAAACGCUAGACGAGAGUUUCAAUCGUAGCUUCGGCAGUGACACCUCGGUGGUGACCAAACGCUGCUCCAUGGGCUCCACGGACUAUCAAUUUGAGCGAAUCAACGAUGAGCUCGUACUGCGUGUAUCGCGACGCAGGCGACGACCGCGCCCAUCCCCUGUACCACUAGAUGAUGGUGAAAAGAGUGCUGGAACCUAAACAAUUGUUAUUUCAUUAUUUUGUAGUAGAAGUGGAGAACUAUUAAGUGAAUUUGUUCUUCUCCUUAUGUUUUGAAUUGUUGACUAUCGCAAUAAGAUAACGAUAUACUAGUAUAUAAGUAUGGACAAACCAAUCAGAUCUUUGAUUGAAAUUUUUAAUGUGCUUUCCCUGAGUUAUUGGACCUUUUAAUGUAAUUUGAAGCACCAUAAUGUUUAAACAGAUUUAAGUU